GCUAGGUAACGCGCGCGGCUGAAAGGCCUACGUUGCCCUGAGGCCGCGCUUGGCGUUCACUAGACCUGUAGCCGGGGCAGGGGCAAGAUCGGAGUGGGCGCUGCUCAGCCCUCUCGCCCGAGUGCAAAGAAAGAACCUUCCCGCGACGCGAGAUUUGCCUUCACUGGAUCACAAAUUGAGCAUAUAAGAUUAAUUUCCUCAGAUCAAGAAACAUGUCUGAUGAAGAUAUCAAUACUUUAGCCUAUACCAAAAGCCCAAAGUUCUCCAAAAGAACCACUUUUCAGGAAGAACUACAAGAAGCACUUCUUGCUCGCGCAGCAAAACAGCAAUCUUCUGAAUAUUCGGAAGAUUUUGAAAGUGAUGAAGAAGGUUCAGAGGAGGAGUUUCCUGAAACUGUGGAAAACACCCCAAAGAAAUCAAUUUCCUUUGCAACAUCCAAGUAUAAUCUUCGCAAUAUGAGCACUUUGAAAAGAGAAAGUGCAGAUGACUUGUCUUCGUCAGAUGAAGAUGAGAGACCUCAAUAUGUGUCCAGGUUUGAGAGAGAGAUUUUGAGUGACGAGAGGCAAGCUGAACAUUCUGGGUCAGGUGAAGGGAGUGCAUCAAAAACAUCCAUUUCAUUUGAAGUAUCUCUGCCAGAUCACUACUCUUUUGAAAAAAAACAUGCUGAUGACUUGAUUUUGACAGAAGCUGAAGAGAAGAGACUUCAAGAAACAGCCAUGUUGGAGAGUAAACAUCGGAUUGAAGAGAGGCAAGAAGAUGAUUCAGUUUCUGAAGAAGGGUCGGGUUUUGAAGAAGAAGGUGAUCAGCAGGAAGAGGAACCAGUGUUUGAUUUGCAGAUAGAGAGGGAUGAUACAGUUCAGUGCAAAACUGAAAUCAAGCCAGUGCCAAGGCCAAGGGAAUUUAAGACCAAGGCGGCAUCAGCAUCAGCUGAGAAUAUUAGCAUUCCCGCACGAUAUGAUUAUGCAAAGCCAUCUUCUCAACCUAGGAGUGUUUUGAGAAAAAGCAGCCAUGUGGAGGAUUACGAAGGAACUAAGGCAGAGGAUAGGACAUCUCACAGCCACAGAUUUUCACUGUCUGCACCAUCUUCUGAAACAAGGCUGAAUGACCAAGUGAAGAAAUCUGAAAAUAGAGCACUUUCUGAAAGUCCUGGUCCUGAGGGCCCCUGGAUUGCAAGCUCCUCAUCCCCAUUCCCUAUUCAUUUUUCAUCAGCGGAUGAGAGAACUGGAGAUUCCAAUUUGGCAAUAUCUGCAGAAGAAUCUUCUUUAAAAGAAGAUGAACAGAAAGAAACUGAUAACUGCAAUGAUCUGAAAUUGCUGGAAAGUGGCAGAGAAUCCCCUUCGGUGAUAGAACUAAUGAUGACAACAGUUUAUGAGAAAAAUAAGAAACUUCACAAGUCAACUGAGGAUUAUCUGGAAGGAAAGCUGCAGGCAUUAGAACACAGUGCCGUUGAGGAUGGAACAAAUGAGACAACAAAGGAGGAUAAAUUUGAACAAAAGGUAGCACUAAGUACUUCAAAGGCUGUGCUGGGUACUUCAAAGGAUUCGUUAAAGGAGGAACAUGAAGAAAAAGAGAUAGGACCACAAGAAGCAAAAUCUCCCAUAAGCAGAUCUUUCAGCUCUACCUACUUGAAGAAAACUGGGAAGCACUCCCCCAUCCCGAUAAGUACAUCAUCUCAGUAUUUGGGAACAUUAAAGGUCUUGGACAAUAAGCAUUUGCAAAAAUUCAGUGCCGAACUUGACAAAGCAGAUAGUUUACGGGCAGCUGUCUACCAGGACUGGUUGGAAAAGAAAAGAAUCUUUCUGUUGGAACUACAAAGAAUAAAAAGAAACAAAGCUGAGAACUUGAGGGAAAAGAAUGAAAAGGAAGCAGCUGCUAAGAAAGAAGAAGCACUUGCGUCCUUUGAAGCCUGGAAGGCCAUGAAAGAAAAAGAAGCAAAGAAACUGGCUGAGAAGAAAAGGCUAGAAGAGGCCAAGAAAAAGAUGGAAGCAGAACUGAAUGAGAAGAAGAAGGAAGAGGCCCAAAAGGCAGCUUUUGAGAAAUGGAAAGAAAAGAAAGCUGAAUAUUUAAAACAACAAAUAGAAAGGAAGAAAAGAGUUGAAAGAUUAAAGAAGAAGAAAGAAGAGGAGGUUGUUGCAGAGAAGAAGAAAGACAGCACAUCCGCUGUUGAAAAAUGGAACGAGAAAAAAGAGGAAUUCCUGAAGCAAAAGAAAAAAGAAAAAACCCAAGAAAGAAGAAAACAAAUAGAACAAGAAGUUGAGAAGGAAGAAAAGGAUAAAAGAGCGAUAGAAGAAUAUGAAAAAUGGCUGGAAGAGCCGCUGCUUCUGCAAAGCCAUGUCAGCCCAGCAAAGAACCAGCAAAGCCUAGCAGCAGCAGCUGCUGCCCAAGAGAAGAAAGAAAUGAACCAGAUGAUACAGACAAAGCAGAAGAAACUCCAGGUCAUCCUUGAAGAUGAAACUCCACCUCCAUGGAGCCCACCUGGCAAAGUUGUUUCUUCAAGAAGCUACUGAGAUGCCCAGGGCCAUGAGGGAAAGUUCCAACCUUCUGCCAUUGUCUAAUCGCCGUUAUUGCACAACAUCUGAUUUUAACAUGAAUUGAAAUUGGCUCUUUCA